UCGGUGCGGCAGCCAGCCGAGCGAAGGGUGAGUGAGGCGAUCCGGCAGCGCGGCCCCGGUGCUUCCCAAACCGCCCCCGUCGGGCCUCAGUCCUCCCCGCCGCUUUGCCUCACCCUGUCCCUGCCACAGGCAGAGCCUGCGGCUGUACUAGGUGGCCGCCCCUCCUCGACGCUUCCGUCCGGCAGUCGGUCCAUUUCUUCCUGCAUCUGUCUGUUUGCCUGCUCAUCCACCGCCCUAGCGUCCUUUGACUUCGCAAGCGCUUACCGGGCGCCUCCUGUGUGCCAGGCCGCAGGCUGAGGAGUCGGCGAUGAACUGAGGCGACCUUUCCUCCCACUUCUUAUGCGGCCAGAGCUCGCUCUUGAGUCAGGUCUCAGCUGUUCGUCUUGACUUCCCCGGUCUAGGUUCGACCCUCGUAGCCCUUUCUACUUUCCCCUUUGUAGUUCUUAUCAAGACUAAGUUAGGUAAUUCUGUGGCCUUUCUGUUUAACCUCUGCCUCCCUACUAAAAUUUUAAGUUAUGUAAUGGCAAGGACACUGUCUUGUUUAUAACUCUUUGCUCAGUGCCUGCAUAAAGUAGGCAUUCUGUAAAUAUCGUUAAGGAAAUGUGUGGAAAAACACAGGACCUCGAAAGGGCCAUUGGUUUGGUGGGGAAGGCAUUUCAGCAGAGUACAUAUCUAAGAGCAUGGACUCUGGAGUCAGACCAUUUUGUUUGAAAACAGUCCAGACUACAUCACUUCCAAACCAUGGGACCUGAGACAAAUUAUGUAACUUCUCAGUUUCUGUUCAGUAAAACAGUAGAACCUAGACCAUAAAGUGCUGCGAAGAUGAAAUGAACAGGUAGACCAUGCUCAUUGUACAAUAAAAGCUCAAUUAGAGCUUUCUGUUAAAAUUAAGUAAGCAAACAAUGCAGAUACAUUAUAAUAACAGCUAUACUGAAGGAAGCAGUUUUGUCCAAAAGUGCCCUGGAGGUUCUUGGGUUGCUUGGACUAAGAGCUAGCUGGGACCAGGCUCUCACCUCCCAGAGGGAAGGGCCAUAUCUAAGCUCAGUUCUUCCAGCCCCGCCCCCCCACCAUGGGUUCCCUAGACAACUCUAAACACUGACACUUGCAAACACAAUUCUGGUCCCAAGCAGUCGACCUAUGGCCCCCACUGACAAGGCUGCUUUCUCACAUUUAUGCUCUAAGAAGGUAGAUGGAGCUCUUCCCUGAAACAGCAGCACUUCUCUCCAGAAUUCCCUUUUGUGGGAUAAUGGAGGAAUCGCAGGACCUGUGCUCAUGUUACUGAUCCCUAGCUGGAGUCCCCUGAAGAAUCAGAAUUCAGAAGGAAUUUCUUAGACACAGACUUCAUUCCCUCCCUGACUCAACUGGGGCAGCAUUUUUGGACAGUCUCUGCCCAGAAUGUCAGGAAAAGCUGCAGGCCUGGCCUACCAUGCUCCAGAAGAACAAGAAGGACUUAUAAUUGUGAAGGUUGAAGAAGAGAAUUAUGUUUGGGGGCGGGACCUUGGCCUUCAGGGAGAUCCCUGCAGCCCAGAGACCUUCCGCCAGCGUUUCAGGCAGUUUGGCUGCUCUGAUUCCGCGGGGCCCCGGGAGGCCCUGAGCCGGCUCCGGGAGCUUUGCCAUCAGUGGCUGAAGCCGGCGGUGAACUCCAAGGAGCAGAUCCUGGAGCUGCUGGUGCUGGAGCAGUUUCUGAGCAUCCUGCCUGAGGAGCUGCAGGCCUGGGUGAGAGAGCACCAGCCUGAGAACGGAGAGGAAGCCGUGACCCUGUUGGAAGAGCUGGAGAAAGAGCUUGAUGAGCCAAGGAAACAGGACACAGCUCAUGGCCAAGGAAUGAUCUGGAAGGAAAUGACAUCCAUAGGAGCACUGAAGGCUCUGAGUAUACAGCUCCAGCCCUUGGAGAAUCAGGGCAAGAGUGAGACUCAGGAGUCCCAGACUUCCCAUGAGAGAGAUCGCAAGCUGGCGGCUGACAAAGUAUUAACAACAAAGCAAGAAAUUAUGGAAUGUGUAGCAUCAGCAUCCAUGAUAUCCCCAGGAAGACUCCCUGGGGAAACUCCUUCAGGACAGAUGGUUGAAGAAGCUUUGGGAGGUCUGGACAACUUUGAGAAGCCAAAAGGAACUGCUGCAAGGAGCAAAAUGAGUCCACUCCCUUCCCGGGAAAGACAUCUUAGUCUGGCUACCUUCAACAAGAAAAUCUCCACUGAAGAGUGUGUCCUUGAGUGUAACAAGAGUGAAAGGAAUCUCAGUGUGAAUUCAAAUGUCUUGACACGACAGAGAGUUCAUGCUGGAGGAAAGGUCUAUGAGUGCUUGGACUGUGGGAAAGCCUUUUGCCAGAGCUCAAAGCUGAUUAGACAUCAGAGAAUUCACACUGGAGAGAGGCCUUAUGCAUGUAAAGAGUGUGGCAAAGCUUUUAGUUUGAGCUCGGACCUUGUUAGACAUCAGAGGAUUCAUAGUGGUGAAAAACCCUAUGAAUGUUGUGAAUGUGGAAAAGCUUUCCGGGGCAGCUCAGAGCUCAUUAGACAUCGGAGAAUUCACACUGGAGAGAAACCCUAUGAAUGUGGUGAAUGUGGGAAAGCCUUCAGCCGAAGCUCAGCCCUCAUUCAGCACAAGAAAAUUCACACUGGAGACAAAGGCUAUGAGUGUACUGAAUGUGGUAAGGCUUUUGGUAGAAGCUCUGUCCUUAUUGAACAUCAAAGAAUUCACACUGGAGAAAAACCUUACGAGUGUAACGAAUGUGGAAAAUCCUUCAAUCAGAGCUCAGCCCUCACGCAGCACCAGAGAAUCCACACUGGGGAGAAGCCUUAUGAGUGUAGCGAAUGUAGGAAAACAUUUAGGCACAGGUCAGGCCUUAUGCAGCACCAGAGAACUCACACCAGAGUUUAACUCUUGGGUAAGGAUUGUACAAUUGUGUAAUACCAGGGAUUCACUUCGGUGGUGAGAUUCCCACCAAAGUGAGAAGUUUCCCGAGACCAGGGAUUCUGUCCUUCCAGUCUAAGUCAGUACUCGCUGUACAAGGAGAUCCACACAAAGGUGGUUGUUGAUGUGUUGAAUGGGCGCCUUCACAGUAAAGCCAGGUUUGGGGCAAAGAUCCUGAAAGAACGCCUUAUAAGAUGCACUGCGAGGUGGUGCCUCCCAGGGCAAGGCUCUCUGUCCAGCAAGAACAGCAUGCAUAUGGCUGUUGGAGGCAUAUGCUGAGAGUUACUUGGUUCUCUGAAGUGUUCAAUUAUGAGGUUGUGAAAUGUUGAAUUACGCUCUGGAUCCAUUUAUAGUUCACUCUGCCCCCUUGCCAGUUCUCUUCUCAGCCCUGAGCUUCCUGAGGUCAAUUGAGGUCUGUCUGUUUAUUGCACACCUGCUAUGUGCCAGUCAUCAGGGGCAGACAUAGCCAUUGCCCUCCCAGAGUUAAGGACUAAUGGGAUACAUACAUAUUUAUUAAGCAGGUAAUUACAGUAAAGUGUGAUAAGUAGAAUAAUCUAGGAUUCUGUCAAAAUACGUGGCAGGGCCACCUAACCUGGUCUACAAGACACUAAAGGCUUCUUGGAUGUGAUGAAAUCUCUUGGGGGAUAAAGGGUGGGUAUAAGCCAGGUCAAGGCAAGAGGGAAGAGAACAUUAUAGACAGAGAUUGUUAUAGCACAUACAAAGGCAUGGAGACAGGAUCUACAGAUGUCUCUUCAUCAGGACUCCUCCAGCAGGAAUUUGUUCCUGUAGACUCUGGUUCAGAAGCCAGGACUUGUGUUGGUUCCUCACUUCCUGUUUAUAAUCAGUGAGUUGGAUAGCCUAUCCCAGAUCCAGAGUUACUUAAGAGACCUUGAGGGACUCAGGACAAUUAGUGUGAUGGUAGACUUUGGUGCAUCGUAUGGAAAAAAGCAUGUAGGUACACCAAGGAAGGAAAACAUAUUGGAGGCUAGAGGGACAGUGUUGGUGUCCCAUAACCCUGGGGCUCAGGAAAUGGGAAGCUGACAGGAGCAUAGGAAUGGGAGGUCUGCCUUCCCAGGGUCCACUAUUCCUCAUUUCCUGUCUCCUCCCCUUAUCAUCAGGCUCAAAGAUACUAAGCUACUUGAAGGCAAUGAAUACUUAUUGAAUUACCCCCUAGAUUACUCAAAACUCUACUUCUCUGCUAAUUUUUAUUUUGGCAGUUUUAAUUAACCCACCAUUAAUUGCUGAAGGCAAUUCAUAUGUAAGAGAAGGUUUGAUUUCCCUUCCGAAUACUGUCUCUUUUGAACCAAAGCUGUUGUGGGUUGUCUGUUGGUGAUCAAAGCUGUUGUGGGUAAUAGGGGAGGUGAAGUUGGGCGUGGCGGGGGGGGCAGUCUCUGUAUCCAUAGGUUGGAGGAUUUUCAUUGAGUGAGGUCAGUCGGAAUUCUGGAGAGACCCUUCAAAUGGAUGAAGUUGCCUUUUCCUCUAGGUGACAAUUGGAUGAUUUCAUGUUUUUAAUUUUAUUCAAUAGGGUUUUUUCCAGGUUGUGAAUUAAUUGUAAAUGUUGGUAAUACAGAAAAUGAGAAAGUACAAGUCACCCUCAAUCCCACCACCCACAAAAACAUUGUUAAUAUUUUGCAGUUCUAUUAUUUUUUUCUUUCCCCAACACUAGUAUUUUUUGGCAAAAAUCAUGUUUGGUAAAUCAUUUUUAGUAACUGAUUUUAACAUUUAUACUUUGACUAUAUACUUAAACUGUUUAGCAUUAGAA